UCAAGGAUCUUAUGCAUAGCGUAUGAGGUUUUACAAGGCUUGCAAUAUAUGAACAAACAUGGAAUGGUCCAUCGAGCACUCUCUCCUUGCAAUAUUCUUUUGAAUCGAAAGGGACAUGUGAAGUUGGCUAAGUUUGGAUUGUACCAUAUGACUGCUCAAGGCGUUGAUGUUGAUUUUCCCAUAGGGUACCCAUCAUAUCUGGCGCCAGAAGUAAUUGCGCAGGGAAUAGGCAAACCAAGUGAUCAUACUCAGUGUGAGAAGCCUCUGCCUUCUGGCCCUAAAUCAGAUGUGUGGUCCCUUGGUAUAAUAUUAUUUGAGCUUUGCAUGGGGAGAAAAUUAUUCCAGAGUUUGGAGAUAGCAGAAAGAUUGAAAUUUAUAAUUAUGCUAGGCUGUGUAGAUGAUAUUGUAACUGUAUUGGCUGAAGAACAUGGUUGCCUUGAUAUUAUUAAGGACCUUUCUGAAAAUAUCAUAGCUCUACUGAAGAAAUGCCUGACAUUCCAACCUUCUAAGAGGCCAACUCCAGAGGAAUUGCUGCGUGACAGUUUGUUCACUGAAGUAUCCUCACUAUAUCCUCCCUUCCACAAACCUGUUGGUCUGUUCUCAUCUUCUCCAAGGUGUGCUAAUUUAACGCUUCCUGAAGACAUAAGUCAAUUAUGUAAAGAUGAAGACAGUGAUUACCUCGCAGAAAGAUCAAUUGAAGAGGUUUAUUAUCUCUGGUGUUUGGCUGGAGGAGACUUGGAGAAAGAACUUGUCAACAAGGAAAUAAUUCGAUCAAAGCCACCCAUCUGCACACUUCCCAACUUUUUAUUAGAAGAUGGUGAGAGCUUUGGGCAAGGACGAGAUAGAAGUUCCCUCCUAGAUGACACAACUGUGACUUUGUCUCUGUGCCAGCUCCGAAAUAGACUGAAGGAUGUUGGUGGGGAAGCAUUUUAUCCAUUGCUUGAAGAUGACCAGUCAACUUUACCUCAUUCAAAUAGUAGUAAUGAGCUGUCUGCAGCUGCUAGUCUUCCUCUGAUCAUCCGGGAGAGGGACACAGAAUACCAGCUAAAUAGAAUUGUCCUGUUUGACAGGCUGUUGAAGGCCUACCCAUAUAAGAAAAACCAAAUUUGGAAAGAAGCCAGGGUUGACAUCCCUCCGCUUCUGAGAGGCAUAACUUGGGCUGCCCUGUUGGGUGUUGAGGGUGCCAUACAAGCGAAAUACGAUGCCAUUGAUAAAGACACACCAAUUCCUACAGACAGACAAAUUGAAGUGGAUAUUCCUCGUUGCCACCAGUAUGAUGAAUUGCUGUCAUCACCAGAGGGUCAUGCAAAGUUUAGACGUGUAUUGAAGGCCUGGGUUGUUUCCCAUCCUGAUUUGGUGUACUGGCAAGGUCUUGACUCUCUUUGUGCACCAUUUCUGUACUUGAAUUUUAACAAUGAAGCUCUGGCAUAUGCCUGUAUGUCUGCUUUUAUCCCCAAGUAUUUAUAUAACUUCUUUCUGAAGGAUAAUUCCCAUGUUAUUCAAGAAUACCUGACCGUGUUUUCCCAGAUGAUUGCAUUCCAUGAUCCAGAGCUGAGUAACCACCUUAAUGAAAUUGGUUUUAUUCCAGAUCUUUAUGCUAUUCCUUGGUUUCUUACAAUGUUUACACAUGUCUUUCCUUUGCACAAAAUUUUUCACUUGUGGGAUACAUUACUGCUUGGAAAUUCUUCCUUCCCCUUCUGUAUUGGAGUUGCAAUACUUCAACAACUGAGGGAUCGCCUGCUGGCUAAUGGAUUCAAUGAGUGCAUUCUCCUUUUUUCAGACUUACCAGAGAUUGACAUUGAGCGUUGUGUUCGUGAGUCAAUCAACCUGUUUCGCUGGACCCCGAAGAGUGCUACGUACAGGCAGUAUGCACAGCCUCCACGGCAAGCCAGUGAGAGCAACGGCACAAGAAGUUCCAUGUCCUGCUUUUCAACAGAUUAUCAGGAAGCACCUCAAAGUGACCUAUCUAGGGAUUCCAUCAAGCUGGAUGAUCUGAAGGCAGAGGUGUCGCCACGAAUUUCAGCAGAAGAUCUGAUUGAUUUGUGUGAGUUGACAGGACCUAGUCAUUCCAAAACUCCUGUAAAGAAAACAAAGUCUAGCAAGCCAAAGCUGCUGGUGGUGGACAUUCGAAACAGCGAAGAGUAUCCUUCAAAUCUGAGUACCAGCCUUGCCAAAUCAUGCUUGUAUCAAUUACUUCCUCAUUGUCUACAGACA